AUGGUGAAACAUAACAAUGUCAUUCCUAAUGGCCAUUUUCACAAGUAUUGGCAGUCUCGUAUCAAGACUUGGUUUGAUCAGGCUUCCAAGAAGAAGACGCGUCGUUUGAGACGUAAGGCGAAGGCUGCUGCAAUUGCCCCACGUCCUGCUGCUGGUCUAUUGCGUCCUGCCGUGCAUUGCCCUACGAUUAAAUACGGCUCGAAGGUUCGUGCGGGUAAAGGCUUUACGCUCGAGGAACUAAAGGAAGCUGGGAUUAACCGCAAGAUGGCUAUUAGCAUUGGUAUUGCGGUGGAUUUCCGUCGUACCAACAAGUCGGUCGAGUCGCUUCAGACCAAUGUACACCGUCUUAAGGCGUACAAGGCCAAACUUGUCGUGUUCCCGCGUAAGAGCAACAAGAUCAAGAAGGGUGAUUCACCAGUGGAAGAGACCAAGAAUGCUGUACAGCACACGGGUCCAAUUCUUCCAAUCAAGCGCUCGAAGAUCAAGUCGACUACUGCCGUCAUUACACCUGAGAUGAAGGAGAAGAGCGUGUUUACGCAACUCCGUGUGGCUCGUGCUGAUCAGCGUAUUGUCGGUAAGCAGGCGAAGCGUUUGGCUAACAAGAAGGAGGCAAAGAAGUAA